CCCGGUAGGCUCGGGGGCGGUGCGCAAGCGCGGGGCUGCUGCUCGGGCUGGAGGGAGUUGGGUCGUUGUUGCCGCCCGGAUCUGGUUAAGCAUAAGACUUGGGUUUUGAGGUGUUCGAGCAACUUGCUGCUGCCCAAGUCAUGACACUCCCAUUUCGGAAGGACUUGGACAAGUACAAAGAUCUUGAUGAGGAUGAAAUUCUUGGCAAACUUUCGGAGGAGGAGCUGAAGCAACUGGAAACUGUUUUGGAUGAUCUUGACCCUGAGAAUGCACUGCUGCCUGCAGGCUUCCGACAGAAAGACCAGACUGCUAAAAAGGCUUCGGGUCCCUUCGACAGAGAACGACUCCUUGCGUAUUUAGAGAAGCAGGCUCUUGAGCAUAAAGACAGGGAGGACUAUGUGCCUUAUACAAGAGAAAAGAAAGGGAAAAUAUUUAUCCCCAAACAAAAGCCUGUACAGUCUUACACAGAAGAAAAAUUCUCUCUUGAUCCAGAACUGGAGGAAGCCUUGACCAGUGCCACAGACACAGAAUUAGGUGACCUUGCAGCUAUACUGGGAAUGUCCAACUUGAUAACAAACAGUCAGUUCUGUGAUGUAGUAGGGAGCAGCAAUGGGGUUGACAAAGACAGCUUCUCAAAUAUAGUAAAAGGUGAAAAAAUGUUGCCUGUUUUUGAUGAACCACCAAAUCCCACGAAUGUGGAGGAGACACUGCAACGGAUUAAAGAUAAUGAUUCUCGUCUUGUCGAAGUUAAUCUAAAUAACAUUAAGAACAUACCAAUUCCAACGCUGAAAGAAUUUGCCAAAGCCUUAGAAACCAACACGCAUGUGAAGAAUUUUAGCCUUGCAGCCACACGAAGCAAUGAUCCUGUUGCUGUUGCUCUUGCAGAUAUGCUGAGAGUAAACACAAAAUUGAAAAGUUUAAACAUAGAAUCAAACUUCAUCACUGGAGUUGGAAUUUUGGCACUGGUUGAUGCACUGAAAGACAAUGAAACUUUGACAGAGAUCAAAAUUGAUAAUCAGAGGCAGCAGCUGGGCACAGUUGCAGAAGUAGAAAUUGCCAAGAUGCUUGAAGAAAACACAAAGAUCCUCAAAUUUGGCUACCAUUUCACACAACAGGGACCUCGAGCCAGGGCGGCUGCAGCUAUCACAAAAAAUAAUGAUUUGGUCUGGAGUAUGCGAGUAAAAGUUUCUGCAAAUACCUUUACAUCUCUCCAGCCCUGAAGCUACAGAGACAGUUCGCAAGAGGAGGGUUGAAGGAGACAUCUAGGAGAUCUCGGCAGAACUGUGUGGAGAUUUCAAGAGUUGUCAAGGGAUGCUUUGGCAAUCCUGGACUACAUUUACCUGGGUUAGAAGGGAAAAGACUGGAAACCCCAUUCCUUUUAGAGCAAAGAUAUAUUAAUAAUCUGCUGGUAUGCCUCACGUUUUUCAGAUGGAGACAUAGUAACUGCACCAGUCUCUGUACCAUAGUUUUUGAUUGUUUUUUUUAAGAAGUUUUUUGUAUUUCAAGACUUCAGCUGUGCUUUCUACUAAGGAUGUAACUGCAAAUCAAUGGUGUAAUUGUCUGUAGUCAAAGAAUGGGACAUUCAAGAUCAUUGGGAAGAUAAUGACCCAACUGAAAUGUUUGUUAGAAAAUCUGGGGGUGCUUAUUUACAUGGAGGGGUGUGUAUAUUCUUGAAAACAAUGGAUUACUGAUAAGGGAUUCUUCACAAAACAGUUGGACUCAUUGUGUGGAGCUGUUCAGCCUUGUUCAUAUGCACUGAAGAGAAAUCUUUUACACCUUUCUUGUUUGUAGUUCUACUUUUCAAUUUUUUUUAUUAGUUCUUGAUACUGUGAUUAAGUUUUCAAAGUAUUCCUUUAAGCCAAGCUGAAGUAAACUGGCUAAAGGCUUCUUCCAUGAGAUCGAAGAACUAAUGAAAAAAUGAAAGCCUUACCAAAAAAAAAGUAAGAGCAUUGCAAAAUGACAGGUUUAUCACCUGAACCCUUAAAGUCUUUUUCAAAAUGCCCCACAACUGUGUCUUGUUCUGUAUCUAAACAUGAUAUGGUUUUAGACUAUUUUUGUGUGUUCACCAGCAUUAUUUUGUUAAUUACUCAUUUAAAAAUCCUUACCUACAUUUGUAAGUAUCGAUUUCUCUAGAAGUAGUGGACAUGCUUUUUUAAAAUUCUGUACCAUUUUGUAAAGGAAAAGGACCCUUAAGUGUAAAACCACUGUCCUAAGUUGCUGGCAAAUGGAAAAAUCCUUUUUUUCAAGCUGUUGGCAUUGAGCAGAGUACUUUGUAUAAGCCUAGCAUU